CUGCCCAGCAACCAGUAACAUCACACAGCGGGCCGGCGAAUCUGUGUGCGGUAUAUCACGGCCGAGGAGUUUCAGCUGGACCUGCUCUCUCGACAGUCAUGCCGUAACCCGGCCCCAUCAUGAACAAGUACACCAGGAUCAGUAAGAUUGGGGAAGGCUCGUUCGGUAAAGCCAUACUGGUGAAAUCCAAGGAAGAUGGCAAGCAGUAUGUCAUCAAGGAGAUCAGCAUCUCUAAGAUGUCCAACAAAGAGAGGGAGGAAUCGAGGAGGGAAGUUGCUGUGCUGGCAAACAUGAAGCAUCCAAAUAUUGUCCAGUACAGAGAAUCAUUUGAAGAGAGCGGAUGCCUGUAUAUUGUGAUGGACUAUUGUGAAGGAGGGGAUCUUUUUCAACGAAUCAAUACUCAGAAAGGAGUUUUGUUUUCAGAAGAUCAGAUCCUAGACUGGUUUGUUCAGUUGUGUUUGGCCCUGAAACAUGUUCAUGAUAGGAAAAUUCUUCAUAGAGACAUUAAGUCGCAGAAUAUAUUUUUGACGAAAGGUGCGACCAUACAAUUAGGGGAUUUUGGAAUAGCCAGAGUAUUGAACAGCACGGUAGAGCUGGCUCGGACUUGUAUAGGAACUCCUUACUACCUGUCCCCUGAGAUCUGCGAGAACCGACCCUACAACAACAAAAGUGACAUUUGGGCUUUGGGCUGUGUCCUUUAUGAAAUGUGCACUCUCAAACAUGCGUUUGAAGCUGGCAAUAUGAAGAACUUGGUGCUGAAGAUCAUUCGGGGCUCGUUUCCUCCAGUCUCACUGCAUUACUCAUAUGACCUCCGCAAUCUGCUUUCUUUGCUUUUUAAAAGAAAUCCCAGGGAUCGUCCGUCUGUCAACUCCAUAUUGGAGAAGCCUUUUAUAUUUAAACGUAUUGAAAAGUUUUUGCCUCCACAGGUUAUUGUUGAAGAAUUUGGCAUGGGAGCAGUUCUGAACCAACCUAAACCCGCAGCUAAUGCCGUAGCUGCCAAAAGACAAGCUCCAGCACAAGCCAUGCAAUCCGCCUCUCCACCUGCACAGAAAAUCACCAAACCGGCUGCUAAGUACGGAGUGCCUUUAACCAUAAAGAAGUCUGCAGAAUCUGCAAAGAAGUAUUAUGACAGAAAGCCGCAAAUCAGGCAUAGACAGGCCCCAGCAGUGCCCAUGAAGAAAAUGAACCCUGUAGAAGAAAGGAGGAAAAUGUUAGAGGAUGUGUCCAAGAAAAAGAGAGUGGAUAUUAGACAGCUGGAGAAGGAGAAGAGGCAGAGAGAACAGAUAAAUUUACUGAAAGCGGAGCAGAUGAGACGACUGGAGAAGGAAAGGUUGGAGCGAAUAAAUCGUGCAAGAGAGCAAGGCUGGAAGAAUGUGAUUGGCUCAGGAGGAAGUGGAGAAAUCAAGGCACCAUACUUUGGAGGAGGCGGAGGGGCAGUCCCUCCACAAGCUGCAGUUCGAUCUCCAUAUGAGCAUUAUCAUUCUUUUUUUGACCAAAUGCAAAAGCAGAAAGAAAACAUUAAAGGAGCAGAGGACAGAGAGAUUAAACACCGAGCAGAAGUUCAAAACUCUGAUGCACAAAGAGCUGCUGCACAACCGGAAGCUCCUAAUGGCCCCUUAGCUCAUGAUCCAUUACCUGAUAGGGACGCAGUGAGGAAGGAAUUGAAGAGGUUGGAGGAGGUCUCCCGACAAGCGUUUGCAGACCGAUAUCGAGGACAUGUGGCUGCUGAAAGAGCAAGACAGGUUGAGGAAUUUUGGCAGCGGAAGCAGGAAGCCAUGAAGAACAAGGCACGGGCUGAGGGACGAAUGGAUGCACUGUACAGCCUGGCAGCUAUCUAUGGAGGCAGGCCAAACUCUUCAGGAGGAGGGAAGGCCCGACACAGAGAAGAACAGGAAUAUUUAGCAAGGCUCAGGCAAAUCAGGCUCCAGAAUUUUAAUGAACGGCAACAGAUCAAAGCUAAGCUGCGUGGAGAAAAGGGAGAUGAAGGACAACCAAGCAGCAAAGGCAACAGCGAGGAAGCUGAGCUAAGAAAGAAAAAAAUUGAAGCCUUAAAGGCCCAAGCCAUUGCUAGAGCAGCUAUAAUAAAAGAGGAUCUUGAGCGAAAGAGAAGAGAAGCAGAUGAGAGGGAAAAGAGAGCCUGGGAAGAGCAUUUGGCAGCUCGUGGGUUCAAGAAUCCUAAUGUGCCUUCUAAUGCAGGUGGAGCAGCUCCUGGCUCUCCCAGCCAUGCCAUCCAUGGAGAUAUUGGGGGUUCUCCAGUCAGAGGGCAGUCUCAUAUAAAACCAAGUGCACCAGCAAUCUCUAUGACCUCUGCACUGAGGAAUGUAGGAGCCGUUAAUGUAGAGACAGAAAUCAGGGACAUCACCGAAGACCCCCAAAAAACAGAAGCCUCAAUCCAGGAUGAAAAACGUCAAAUACUUAAGAGAUUAAAUAAGAACCUUAAAGCUCAGGAAAAAGAGGAAUGUGUAUUCAAGGAUGUCGAGGAGAAGGCCCAGAAAGUGAAUAUGGAGGAUCCUUAUCAGAGUGGGGAGCCAGUAUCUGUCGAUCGGAAGAAAUGGCAGCCUGAACCCCCUCCUGUGAUUCCUCUCUCGCAACUUACUCUUUUAGAGGACACUUUAUAUGCAGGUGAAAAUCUUACAGUUGGUGGUGUAAUAAAACUAGAUGACGGAGAUCGCCAGAGACCUGCAUGGGGGAAGAGUCCAGCAGAAUCAGUUGUGAAGAUGCUGGGUGAAGCACAGCUCCAGCUCCAGACUGAGAUGCUGCAAGCCACUAGUGGUACUCUUCACCCCAAACAAGUUGAAAAGGAAACACCGUCAGAGGACCAGGAACCAUGCAAAAGUUCGUCUGUGGACAUGGACACUUUAAUCUCACCUUCUGCACAAAGAGAUCCUAUGGCCGAAAAUCCGGCUUCCUUAGACACGGUUUCCAUAUUCACCACUUCUGACGAGACUGAGGGCCAACUCUGCGGUGAACAUCAAACCAAAAAACAAGAGCAUCAAAGCCAAAAUGACUUGCAGAACGAUGAAGCAAGCAAAGGCUUUCCUGUGGAUGUGGACUCUUUAAUUUUGCCAAGUGAUGUGAAUUUAAGUUUGCCAGAAGAGGGUCUUUCUCCAAAGCAGGGACAAGAUGACAUGGUCUCUGAUCCUACCCAAGCUGUGUCCCAACCAUGUGAGGAGCCUGAGGAUUUGGAGGCUGAAUUGCUGGAAGAUACCAAAGGAAAUGCAAGUGAUGAGUGUCCUGUCAAGGCUGUGAGUGUUUGGAAUGAACAAGCCAAAGAAGAAAGUGAGGAAGAAAUACAUCCUGUGCAUGGCCAUGAAUUUUCAAGGAAAGAUGAGCAGCAAGACACAGCCUGCUCAGAAAGUGAACAAGGAAUGGAUAAUGAUAUUGGAAACUCGACAACACCCAAAGCAUUGUUCAGUAGAGUUCCUCUCCCUCAUAAUGUUGUUACCCCUAAUGUUUCUGCCCAGUCUUCAUUUGAUGACUCCUUACCACCUCGUUCCCGAUCUGCUUCUCCAGUUAAAACCAAAGGCAAGACAGCACUAUUGAUUGGACUCUCAACUGGUUUGUUUGAUGCCAAUAAUCCAAAGAUGCUGAGGACUUGCUCACUGCCCGAUCUUUCUAAACUGUUCAAGACCUUGGUGGAUGUUCCAAGCGUGGCUGAAUUGCAGGGUGAUGAGCAACUGGAGAUAGAAGACAUUGAGGAUGAACCAGCACAGGAUGCAGAUCAUUCAGAUUCUGAAGACACGAUGUUUGGGGAAACAGACAGAGACUUACAGGAGCUGCAGGCAUCAAUGGAACAGUUAUUAAGAGAGGAUUCCCAUGAAGAGGAUUGUGGAGCUGAAGAGGUUGGAGAUGCACUGCUACCUAGUAAGAUGGAGGGAGAAGAAGAGGAGGAGGAGGAGAAUAACGAGGCAGCACAGGAGGCUGAAGCAGAAGAUGAGGAGAAUCAGCCAAGCAGUGGGAGUGUUAUAAAUGAGGAGUGGCAAUCAGAUGACAGCAGCCUGGAGUUUGGGAGUGACUGUGAUGAUGGUGACAGUGUCUUUGGUCAUCUGGAGGAACUGAGAUUUAAAUUGGAGCAAGAGCUUGGCUUUGACAAGUUUAUUGAAGUUUACGAUAAAAUAAAGGCCAUACAUGAGGAUGAAGACGAAAAUAUUGAUACAUGUUCAACAGUUGUGGAGACAAUUCUGGGCAGUGAACACCUGUAUUUAUAUCGCAGAAUCCUCCACUUGGUUAUGGCUGAUGGUGUCUACCAAGACGACAAUGAUGAAUAACUUCAACUCAGGAUUUUCACAUUAUGCAAUGUGCUGCUUGAAUAAGAUGAAACUCUUUUCUAUUACAUUUAGCCUUUCUUCAAAAAAUUGUGAUCUUCUGAUCCUCUGAAAAAAUAUUCAUACUUAUUUAUUUCCAGGAUGGCUUCACCAUUACACUCAUUAUGAAAACUGAUCAGGUAUUACCUUAUAUAUUUGAAAAUUUAGCCAUUCA